AUGCAGCAGGCGGCCCUGUCACUGGCAACCACUGGGGGGAAUGCUGCCACCGCUGCUACUGCUGCUAUGCCUGGUGGAGGCCCUUCUCAUCAGCAGACCAUGUUGGCACUACUACUCAGUUCGACGGCUAUGCGGUUGGUGGCGAACGCAUCGAUCAACUCGUCGGGUGCUGCCCAUCAGGUUCUGUCGAGCCCUUCCCCACCGCCGCCGCCGCCUCCGUUGUAUCCGCCCCCGGGACUGGCGGCGACCACGGCGGUCCAAGCUGGCAAGAUUGGUGAUGAUGUGAUGAGGGAAAGGGCAGUGGAGGUGUGGAGGGAAGCAUCGUCGAAGGAAGAGGAAGAAGAGGAGGAGGCUAACAUUUGGGGUGGGUCUGAUCGGUUGAGCAGCGACAGAGCAUCAGAGGGAGGUGAUGGGAGGGGUCAAAUUCGAGUUGCGUCUGAUCGUGACAAUGCUGAAGCUUCGUCGAUUAUCAAGGAGUGUGGUAGAAGAGGAGAUGUGAGGACCUGUUGGAAGGUGUGGAACUAUCUGAUAUCGACCGGUCAGUGUUUGUCUAAUUGGCGGAGUCGUAGUGGUGGGGAGGGAAGGAGGAAGGCCUCGAUGGACGCGUCCUCACCGUUGUCAUCAAAAUCGUCAUCGGCUAUGCUCUCGGGCGCCAUCUUCCGUCCCAAUGAAAUCACUCUGGGCUGUAUGACUGACGCUUUGGUCAGCAACAGAUUGGUUGAGGAGGCAGAGCAGUUGGUCGGUGAUUGGAAAGAACUGGUUCCACCGAAUACUGUCAUCUAUAGUACGCUCAUUCAUGGCUGGGCUAAGCAAAACGAUGCCAACAGGGCCCGCAGCAUUUUUGCGUUAAUGCGAGACGAGAAUGUCCUCUGUAAUGCAGUCACUUUUAACUGCCUCAUCCACGCCUGUGUUCGAGUAGGGGAUAUGCAGGGGGCGUUGGAGCUACUCGAUGCGAUGAAGUUACAGGCGGCUGCGAAUGCUGAUGUGGUGGGCUCGCAAGACUCGGACCACGCUGGUGGUCUGUUGGUGCCGCUGCCAGAUAAGUUCACUUACAGUACGAUCAUCAAAGGAUACUGUGCUAGAGGAGAAAUGGAGCAAUCAUUGCAGAUGUUUGAUACAAUGCUCGGUGAUGGGCUACAGCCGGAUUUGGUAAUCUAUAAUACCCUGCUGGACGGAUGUGUUAAACGAAGGUAUCACGGUACGUGUGAGAGGCUUUUGGACGACAUGACCAACUACUGGAAAAUUCAGCCGAAUAGUUAUACUCUUUCCAUCCUCAUCAAGCACUACGGUCGCCAGGGAGAUCUUGAGCGCGCUUUUAAAUUGGUGGAGGAGUUGCCAGCCAAGCACGGGUUUGAGGCCAACGCUCACGUCUGGACCUGCUUGAUUUCGGCCUGCAUCACCCAUGGGGAGAUGGAGACGGCUCAAGCUAUAUUCGAUGUUAUGCGCAAAGUGAAGCCCUCGAGGAGGCAGGAGACCAACGGCCAACAAUCGACUACGACCACCGGUGCUGGCUUCGAUGGUGUGAACGCGUCUCUCGCUACGCCCGCUAUUCUGCGUAUGGCGGCUAAAUGUGCUCCGGAUGCGAAGGCAUACGAAACGCAGAUCCAUGGUUGGAUUAAAUACAACAGACAGGACAAAGUGAAGGAGCUGACGGAGGAUUUGGUCGAGUUGUGGUAUCACAAUCACAUCGGCAGGUCUGUUGUUCUUCAGGAGCGCAAGUUUGGUUAUGUAGUUAGAUGGGUGACGUUGGUGGGGGCUGAAUAA